ACCAUACUUAAGGGAGCAAGCUACAAGUAUAUAUUCUAUAACCCAGUUUCAAGUGUAUAUUUUCAAAUUAAUCUACAAAGAAACAAUCGGGAAUAUUAGAGACAAUGGAAACAGUGUCAAAGUCUUCAUCCCCUGUGAAGUUGAUAAUUAUUGGUGGAAUCAUUCUCUUUAUUGUUAUUGGAAUCAUUGCAGUUAUAGCAAUGCUGAUGCAAGAUGAAGGUGAAUCAGAAAGGAAAGCAUUUCAAGAUGCGACUUGUAAUGUGGAAGACCCCUCACCGAUUGAAAUAAAUAUGUGUUCAAUGGUUACUCACUGUACAUUCGAUAAUAAAAUAUGUGAAUUUGAAUGUCCAUUUGAUUACCGAAAAGAUGAUAAUGGUUGUCAGACGAGUUGUGAAUGCGCAGAGAAUGGUCAAUAUCAAGGGGACAUACGAUAUGAUAUAUCUCAAAUUAAUAGCAUGGCCAAGGAAUAUGGAUAUUUGGAUGAAAAAGAAGAUUUUGACUUGUUUUAUGGCUCAGUAACUACUUCUACUCAUCUUUGGACUGACGAUGUUGUGGAUGGAAUAAACAGAAUACCAUAUACUUUGCAUGAUAAUAUAAAAGCGAGUCGAAGAAAAAUGCAAAUUAUUGAAGAAACUUUCGAAUAUUUUACAAAAAUGCUUUGCAUCGAAUUCGUACCUCGCACCACUGAAAAAGAUUAUGCUCUUAUUGUAUCUGGUGAAGGAUGCACUUCAUUUCUUGGAAAUGCGAAGAAUGGUGAACAGAAAGUUUCACUCGAUGAUGGUUGUGAUUAUUUCGUAAUUGCUCUACAUGAGUUUCAACAUUUGUUGGGAUGGGCGCAUGAGCACACUCGUGCUGACAGAGAUGGGUAUAUUGAAAUUUUCAAAGAAAAUAUCCUUGAAGGAAUGUAUGCAAAUAAUUUUAUGAAGAAAGUAAAGGAUGAUGUUUUAAUUGCAAAUACCAUGUAUGAUUUAAAGUCUCGAGUGCAAUAUGGUAGUAGUUCGCUUGCAAAAGGAAGAGGGCUCGAUACAUUUCUUAUUCGUGGAACGCAUGAAAGAGUUUUAAGGGAUAACCACUCUCCCUAUUCAGAAUCUGAUUUAUUUGAAAUACGUAAUGCUUACAAUUGCCUGAAGCCAGUAACUGAUGCAUCCUGGUCUGAGUGGGGAGAAUGGAGUGCAUGUGAUGCAACUUGUGGCAAGGGUGAAUUGUAUCGAUACAGAAAAUGUGAAAACAAAAAUAAAGAGCUUGUUAUAGAGUGCCCAGGUGGAUAUUUUGAAAAACAGGAUUGUUCUGAGGGUGGAGAAUGUCCCUAUUCUUGGUUGCCUUGGGAGGGAUGGAGUCAUUGUUAUGAAAAGUGUGGGCCAGAAAUACGUGGAAAUUUCAGGAAAUGUACUGGGGCUGAAGAAUGCCUUGGAAAAUCCUUUAUAGUGGAGGAUUGUGGACAUCCACCUUGUGAUGAGUCAGGUAAGCCUGCAGGAGGAAGCACAAAUGUUGGUGGUGACAGUAGUGGUAAGGAUGAUAGAAUGACUGAAACUAGUUGGGGAGAAUGGUCGUCUUGUUCUGCAUCAUGUGAUGGUGAAAGAAAAAGAGAGAAAUCAUGUGGGAAUUCAUUAUGUUCGGGUUCAAAUUCUGAAAGAGAAGUUUGUAAUACAGGAAUAUGUUACGAAGGAGAUGUCCUUGGUGAAUGGGGAGAAUGGGGUUCUUGUACUGCCGAGUGCAAUCAGAAACGCAAGCGAAGAUGUCAUGGUGUGGACAGAAAACCUGUUGAUAAAUGUGGGGCAAAUGCUCCUGAAUUUGAAUUUGAAGAGAAAUUAUGUGACUCGUAUAAUUGUCGAAAUCAAGGGGGUCAGUGGGGAGAAUGGUCAGCUUGUUCAGCUAGUUGUGAGGGAACGAGAAUGAGAAAUAAGAUGUGCAAUGGCAGGGUGUGUCCUGGUGAAAGUCCGGAAGGAGAAAUGUGUAAUGUGGGAGUAUGUGAAGAUACUCUUGGUAUAUGGAGCAGCUGGUCAUCAUGUAGCCAUUUAUGUUCUCAGGAAAGGAAACGCAAAUGUAGACACUUGAACAAUGAAGUUAGUACGUUGUGCGGUUAUAAUGCUCAAGAAUAUGAAUAUGACAAAAGAUCUUGCAAUACUAAAAAUUGUGAAACAGAAUCAUCUUCUUCCGUUGGAGAAUGGGGAUUUUGGUCGAGUUGUUCUAGAUCAUGUGAUGGAACACGGACCAGGAAACAAGAAUGUCAACAGUCGUUUUGUCCAAACCAAAAGGAACAAAGUGAACAAUGCAAUGUUGGUGUAUGUACUGGUGAGGAUGAUAGUGAUGGAACUGACGAAAAUAACAGCAUCUUUGAAAUGAGAGAAUUGAAAAUAUCAAAUACUUUAUGUGGAUCAUCAUCUAAUAUCAAAUGGUACUUUGGUGAUUUCAAUGGUGAUAGACGAACUGAUGCGUUAUGUAUCACUUUGGGUGGUAGCCUUUCUCUUGGGCAUGCAAAUACAGUUGGAAAUGUCGAAAAACUACAUUGGAAAGGAACAGCAAGAUCUUGUUCCGGAGAAAAUAUUUACAUCGCUGAUUUUAAUGGAGAUGGUAAAGAUGACGUACUGUGCAAGGAUGAAAUGAAAAGGAGGCUUGUUUUGUUAUAUGCGAAUAGUGUAGGAGUAUUAAGUGAAAAAGAAGUUGAUGCAGGAAAUUUUUGCACUGAUCCUUCUGAUAAUCUGGUUCUUAUCAAUAUGCCAAACUCAAAAACUAUGGAUCUUCUUUGUCAUUUCGAAGAUAAACAUAUCGAAGUUCGAUCGAAUAUUGGAGGUUGAUGAGACAUUUGAAAACGAUGGACUCAUUCAUAGAAGUGUCAUAUUUACAUACCCGAAUUCUCUUCACAAGGCAUAUUUUUUUUGUACCAUGGCCUUACAUGCAUUUACGGGACUGUGAAUUAGGUAUGGUCAGGUGUUUUUCCAUACGAUCCAUAUCGUAGGUAUUUUCACAAGAGGAUUUCAAUUUUGAACAUUUUCAAAUUUUUUUGAGCAUUUACCUUGAAAUAUACAUAUGAGAUACAAUUUUGGAAAUCAAAUGUUUGAUAUCUGCGAUUACCAUACUUCUAUAUGUAUCCAUGACUCUAAUUUUGAAUAACAGUUCAUAUGAGUGCACUUUGUCCUGAUAUUCAUAUGGAGCCUACUCAUUUAUAAUAUAUAAAAGUGAUUUUGUAACCAUUUGCUGUUAUUUUUUCUCAUGGUAUUGCGGUAUGAAAUAUUGUUUAUUAUUUCUGAAUGUCUUCAUUUGUUCAAUAAUUAAACGUAAAAGUUU